AUGGAUGAGGAGUACGACGUGAUCGUGUUGGGGACGGGGCUCAAGGAGUGCAUCAUCAGCGGCCUCCUCUCCGUCGAUGGCCUCAAGGUUCUUCACAUGGAUAGGAAUGAUUACUAUGGAGGAGAAUCUUCAUCCCUGAAUCUGACUAAGCUUUGGAAGAGAUUCAAAGGCAAUGACAGCCCUCCUGAGCAUCUGGGUGUGAGCAAAGAAUACAAUGUUGACAUGGUACCCAAGUUUAUGAUGGCAAAUGGUGCGUUGGUUCGUGUUCUGAUCCACACCAGUGUCACAAAGUAUCUAAACUUCAAGGCUGUUGAUGGAAGUUUUGUAUACAAUAAUGGGAAGAUUCACAAAGUCCCUGCAACCGAUGUUGAAGCUUUGAAAUCUAACCUGAUGGGUCUAUUUGAGAAGCGUCGUGCUCGCAAGUUCUUCAUAUAUGUGCAGGAUUACGAGGAGGAUGACCCAAAAUCUCACGAGGGCCUGGAUUUGAACAAGGUCACCACCAAAGAAGUCAUCUCCAAAUAUGGAUUGGAGGAUGAUACAGUUGACUUUAUCGGGCAUGCAUUAGCGCUUCACCGGAAUGAUAGCUACCUGGAUGAGCCUGCAAUUGACACUGUCAAGAGAAUGAAGCUUUAUGCAGAAUCACUUGCACGCUUUCAAGGAGGGUCCCCUUACAUCUACCCUCUAUAUGGUCUGGGAGAACUCCCUCAGGCUUUUGCCCGUUUGAGCGCUGUUUAUGGUGGCACGUACAUGUUGAACAAGCCAGAAUGCAAGGUUGAGUUUGAUGAGAGUGGAAAAGCAUAUGGAGUCACUUCCGAAGGGGAGACCGCAAAAUGCAAGAAGAUUGUUUGUGAUCCUUCAUAUUUGCCUGAAAAGGUGAAGAAGGUUGGAAGGGUGGCCCGUGCGAUAUGUAUUAUGAAGCAUCCAAUCCCUGACACCAAGGAUUCACACUCCGUGCAGAUCAUCCUCCCAAAGAAGCAGUUAAAGCGCAAAUCAGACAUGUAUGUGUUCUGCUGCUCUUAUGCUCACAAUGUUGCACCGAAAGGCAAGUUCAUUGCUUUUGUUUCGACUGAAGCUGAGACUGACAAGCCCGAGAUCGAGUUGAAGCCUGGGAUCGAUCUGCUUGGCCCUGUAGAGGAGACAUUCUUUGACAUCUAUGACAGAUAUGAACCCAUUAACAAUCCAGAGGAGGAUAGUUGUUUCUUGACAAAUAGCUACGACUCAACCACUCAUUUUGAGACAACGGUGAAGGAUGUACUCGCCUUGUACAACAAGAUCACUGGAAAGGAGCUCGAUCUUUCCGUCGAUUUGAAUGCUGCUAGUGCUACUGAGCAAGAAGCUGCUUGA